AUGACUUCAACAGUAGCGUCGCCGGCAGAACAUGUUAAACGCCCCUUAUCAGAGUCUAUAGCCGCCGCAACCCGGUCCGUCCAUGCGAAGCUUAACAAGUUGAUCAUUGCCCGCCUACCACUUGCAAUUCCUCCUCGAUCCAACGACCCAUCCAUAUACGUCUCAGGUCUUCUUCAUAUUGCGCCUAUCUAUAUUGCCUUUGAAUCACUAUGGAAGGACAUUGUGGAGUCUUCCUCUUUCACACCUGAUGCGACUCAAGGUGAUGGCUGUGAGCCAGGCUUUACUUUGUUCGAUUCUAACGGCCUGUCCCUUGGUUCCAAUACCGGACAUGGUUCGAAGUAUCAAGCUGUCUGCGAGCGGACUCAUUCGAUUUUGAAACUUCUCUACUUGCCGAAGCUUAUGCGCUCUGACCGUCUGCGAUCUGAUAUCAGUACCCUUACAGGCUGGUCUCCUGAGGUUAUUGAUAAGCAGCUGGAAGCUGUCUCUGAAGCGGGACGACUUGCAGAAUUCACAAGUCAUGUGAGGCGUACAAUCGAGAAAAAGCCUCACGUCCUGCUGGCGUACUCCUACAUACUUUAUAUGGCCCUUUUCGCUGGCGGUAGAUUCAUCAGGGCCACUCUUGAGUCCGUAGGUUCAGAGUUUUGGGAGCACGCCCCCUCGUCCAUCCCGCCUUUCCAGACAAGUUGCUCAGUACGCACUCUCCGGAACGAACGAUUCGAUGCUGUCACCAAUGAUUCUGCCGAUAUAUUUGAAGUUGAAGGCGGAAUGCCUAAACUUGUUGGAAACCACCUGGGACAUACCCUUCCGCUUAGGUUCUUCCACUUUGCCACUGUUCUUGAUGGUGAGGAUCUCAAGAGGGAGUUUAAGAAACGCUUGACGGAAUCCGAGGGUCUUCUAACCACCCAGGAGCGACAAGACGUGAUUCAGGAGGCGAUUUGCAUCUUUGACAACAUGCUGCUUCUCGUUGGUCAACUCGACAAUGUGUGCAAGACCAAUUUUGAUGACGAUCACUCAGCUGUGGCGUCCUGGGCAUCGAAAUGGUCCCUCAGCCGUCCACGCGACAGUGUAAUAGUCACCCAUGAGCGAAGGGAUAAAUCAUCUAUGAAAGGUGCAGUGGACAGCGAUGAGUCGGAUCGUCGGCUUUACACACACGCAAGGCUGCGAGAAGUCGAUAAUGGAAAGGGAUCAAGCCCGAUCUAUCUGGAAGGGCAGCCCCCCGUGUGCUGCCCAGCUUCCAAAUCUAUGAGAUUCGAGGCGAAGUUGCCAGUGUCCGACAGGAAGGACAGAAGCAGAACACUCCCGACUGACGGCGCGGCUAACGUACCGUCGUCCACGCGAAGCCCAGCAUACUGGUUGUCAUCACGGCCUACCAUGGUCUUAGUAUUCAAUAUUUCGCUCGUUGCAGGACUUGCAGUGUUUGUGAGCCUGCAUGUUUUGUCUAGGGGGUCUGUAGAUGGGGAGUUGACUGUUGAAGAAUGGUAG